AAAGAAAAAAAAAAAACAAAAAUUCUUCGUCUCUCCUCUCCUCCGCCGGAUUGAUAUGGCCACGUUUCUCUCCCAUUUGCCGGUUGGUUGUGAGAAGCUUCGGAACUCUGUUCUUGCAAUUGCUGAGCAAUUUGAGUUAAAUCACGAUGCUGCUCUCUUUCUCCUCAUCCAAUACGGAUGGGAUGAGAAGGAACUUGUGAAAGAUUUGAAUGGAAAAAGAAGAAUUGGUGAUAGUUUGAUUCGAGCAAUUCCUCCAAGACCCCAAUACCUAGAUCUAUUUCCUGUUGAAUGUGAUUUCUGUCUAAGUUCACCGUCUGUUGAAACUGACUGUGGUCAUCACAUCUGUCAACCAUGUGUGAGUGCCCAAAUUUCUAUUGCGGUGCUUAGGAAACGAACACUACCUCUCUGUCCUAUUUGCGAGGCGUUCUUCCUGUCCCCAGAAUUGAUAUCACAAACUAGUUCACAGGACGUGUCUAGUCAGUUCUUUCUUUUGCUCCAAGAGCACAUGUUAGCCAACGAAGCUUCUUAUAUCAAAUGUGAAAAAACUGGAUUCCUAUUGCUGGUUUUGUUUCCACAACACUUGCUGGUCUUUCUUGGUAUGCGUGGAGAAGCUUUUCAAGAGAGAACCCGGAGACUGUUGAACUGCUGGACGACAUGAAAGAUUUGUAUUCCAAGGGCGAAUCUCCCACAAAAAGAUCUUUUUGGCUCAAGCUGGCAAAGAAGAAACUCAAGAAAAAGUAUAAGGAGGUUGAGGAUUACCUUUGGAAGAAACUUGGUUCUUGGUGGUAAAUGCCUUUUACUUUUUGGGAACCUGAAGAAUGAUAGUAAACUUGAAUAGGCUCCGGAUAGAAACUUUAAGAGGCCAGUUUUUUUUUUUGAAUCUGAAGCAUUUAUCGUUCUAAUGUGUGUUUCUCAUUAACAUACUACAAUGCUGAAAUUGCUUUCAUCAUAGGGAUAUAUAAUUGGGUUCUAGAUGUUACUGUAGUGAUGUUUGUUUUUUAAAUUUUCAAUUAUCCAACUUUUGAUUCAACA